AGGCUGAGGCAGGAAUAGUGAAACCCUGUCUCAGAAAAAAAGACCAAAAAAGAAAAAAGAAAAAUAGUAAAGAUCAGAAAACACAAUCCCAUAUCAAAACGCCAAUAUCAUUUUUCCUAAAGAUUAACAUUUUGAUUCUUACAUUUCUGUAAAAAUACAAAAGACUCAGAAUAAUGUAAACAACUUUGAUAAAGGAACAAAAUAGAAUAUAUUUUUAAAAUAAAUUCUUUUUUCAUAAUCUUUGAUUUUUUUUUUUUGUUUGUUUGUUUUUGUUUUUAUCGGUACCAGGAAUCGAACUCACGACUGCCUGCUUGCAAGGCAGGCACUUAUGCCGCUGAGCUAAAUCCCCAGCCUCAAUCUUUGAUUCUUACAUAGUUUCUACAUAUCAUGAAACAUUACUUGAUUUUAAAAUAUUUCUUGAUUGGUGCUGUAAGGGUCUCCUUUGUUCGCCCAAUAAUGAUUAAAUUGUUUGUUGAGUUCUUUUAGGAUACAAGAAGAAAGGAAAAAGAAAGUAUUUCAAAAGUUAAAUACCAGAGAUCAUCUUUUAAAAAAAAAUUUUUUUUAAACCAGGCAUGGUGGUUGUGUAUGCCUGUGAUCCCAGCACUUGGAAGGCUGAGGCAGGAGUAUUGCUGCAAGUUUAAGACCACCCGCAUUACAUGGAGAGACCCUGUAUCAACUCUCCCCCCAAAAUUAAAACAAAGGAAAACUUGAAUGGCUACUCUUUAGAAUCUUUAAAGAAACUACAUAUUGGAAUGAAUUUAGUCAUCAUAAAGGAAACAAAAUUCUGAAAUUACUUUAAUGCCAGCAGAUUGCUGGUUGCAGAUGGCUUUCUUUACCUAAGGAUACUAGACUCAUUGGUUGUAAAUAUGUUUCGUCUAAGAGCUACUUGUCCAUUCUUCUGCAAAGUGUUUCCAUUUCAACCCUUCAGUUGUGAACGACUAAUUAUUCAGAUAAAUAAGUGUACAGAUGAAGAGAAAAUAUUUGAUCUCAUUGAAAGAAACAAAGCCACACUUUCGGCACAGCAAGCAGGACAUGCAUUUAAUAUACUUUGGCGGCUUCAAAGGCAGAAAACAAACUCGUUACAAAAUGUUGAGUAUAUCAGACACCACCCCAUGUUUCCUACUCUAUGUAACUUAACUACAAAUAAAAUCGAAUCAAUGAGUGAUGAUACCCUGGUGAACGUGUUAUACAUUGCCCAGCGGUUUGCUGUUGCAGUCCAUGAUCCGCUGAUUGAAUCACUAGUGACAGAAGCAUGGAAAAGAGUGGAAAGGUUUGAUAUGAAUGCACUGUCAACGUUUUCUGCUUGCCUAGCAGAUCAACAGUUGCACUGCAGUCCAUUAAUGGGAAAAAUAGCUGAUGUUGUAAAUAGGAAGUUGGAGUCUAUACAGGACUUAAGGUCUUUGUCUGUCUUGAUGGUCAGCAUAUCUUCUUUAAUAUCACAACAUUUUCAAGAAAAAUUAGUAAAGAAAACAGAACUUCUUUUUGACACCCUAGAUUCUUCUCAAGUCAGCACUGCAAGACAAAUAGUACAGUUUCUUAGAAAUGUUAAAUGUGCCCAUUACCCACUAUUACAGCGGUGUGACAAAGUGUUUUUAAGCAAUGUGACGCUCCUUGAUUUGGAUGGCAUCAGUAACAUACUUGCUGUAUACCAGUUUCUGCACUUUUACAGUUUUGAAUUUACUUCAGUGGCUAAAAAGAGGCUUGCUGAGAUGAUUCCUUUGGUCAGUCACCCUGAAAGCUUUGUAAAAUUGUUUGUGGCAUUGGGACCGGUGGCGGGACUUCGAGAAAAGAAACAACUUAAGUCAACUCUAUUACUGAUGUCGGAGCAGCUGACCAGCAAGCAAGCCCUGGCGGUGGUGACAGUAAUGGAAGAAAUGGAAAGCAGAAAUUCACAGUUGAUUAAAAAAAUUGCUUCAAUUCUGUAUGAAAAUUUGGAAAACUAUAGUCCAAUGGAGCUGUCGAAGAUAACUCAAGCAUUAAUUUUUCUCCAGUUUCAAAAUAAAGAAGUUUUCACGAAACUCAGAGAAUUACUACUUAGUUCCUUCAAGGUUAGCGUCCGCAAGAGCGAGACUGUCAGUCUGCUCUAUGCCCUGUCUCUGCUGCCUUCCACUAGCCUGGACCAAGCCACAAUGACCCGGGUUGAAGCACUUAUACCACAGUGUGAUCUCAGGGACCUCGUUGACUGCACCUCAUCUGUUUUAAGAUGGAUUCAGUAUGAUCACAUGUAUUUGGGUAGAGUUAUUGGGAAACAGCUGAAUCUACUUCAAAAACUAAAUCACUACAGUCGUCAGAGCUUACGUCAGAGCAACAAUUUACCUCUUUUAUUGGAGGACCUCCAAUUUGUAAAAGGAGACUGGUUUCAAGAAUCAAUUCUGGAAGAAACAAUUGCGGUUUUGCAGCGUUUGAUCGAUGAAAUUAAUUACACAAAUGUUGCAAAGAUUGCAUGUUUUAUUUCUAAAACUAACUAUCUUAGUACUUCGCUACUUGAUAGGAUAGCAGCAGUGGUUGUUCAGCAGAUUGAAAAGAUCCAUCCUUUUUCAAUCCUUGCUAUUAUUCUACCAUUCAGCACCAUGAACUAUGACCCUCCUCAAAGGGACAAGUUUUUGGGACUGUGCGUGCAGUGCCUUCAUUCUCACUUAGAUACAUUGGAUCCGCUUAUGUUAGUGUAUCUUGGUCACUCUUUGGCCAUACUAGAAUGUUUCCCAGAAGAUCUGCUGAAGGCAAUUUUUAACAUCCAGUUCUUAGCCAGAUUAGAUUCUCAGCUUGAAAUCUUACCUUCGUCUCUGAGUACCAACGUCCAGUUUCGUCUGAUGGAGUUGAAUAGAGCUGUCUGCUUGGAAUGUCCUGAGCUUCAAAUCCCAUGGUUUCAUGACGACUUUUGUCAACAACAGAUUAUCAAAGGUACUGGCCACAUGAGUGGAGCACAACAGCAGAUUUAUAAAGUUCUGUCAGAGGUACUAGGAGGACCCAAUUUUGUAAAAGCCUUGGUUCUUUCGUCUUAUUACCACAGAGUAGAUUUUGAAUGUAUCUUGGAUAAAAGAAAACAACCUCUUUCUUAUGGAGGCCAUAAUACAACUUUGGGAAAACCAGCAAAAAUGUAUGGAGACUCAAACAUUCAAAUAGUUGGACCAAGUCUUCCUGCCGGAGCUGAAAGGAUUGUAAUCAAAUAUUUGGACUCAAAAUCUUUUUGUACAAACAUUCCUCACUUGCAAGGAAAAUCUGCUAUGAGAAAACGACAUUUAGAAAUUUUGGGCUAUCGUUUAAUCCAGAUUCCUCACUUCGAGUGGAACUCCAUGGCGCUGUCAGUCAGGGGUGCUCGCAUGGACUACCUGCGACAGCACAUAUUUGGAGACAGGAAAUCAUGAUUGUCAUUUUUAUUUAAAAUGAAUUCUUUUGGUACAUUA